CUGCCAUUUACCGUUUUAACUUUGGACGCGGCGACAGAACUUUUUCAUAGAAUAUUGCAUUGAAUAAGAAAAACAUAAUGGAUCAGGAUAUAAUGGAUUUCUUCGAUUUUUCGAAGGAGUGCAAGCGAGAACUGACUCCCUACAAUGGGGUUAUAAGUUCUGACGUGCACAGUAUGACCACGGAAACCAAUGAAUCCAAGGUCCCGAAACGCGAGAUAGUGGGCGUCGAAUACGCUGAAGAAAUCGUGGCCAAGGAGAAGCAGCGCUUGGACGGGCUGCUGCGCCAUGAACGCUCUCGCCGUCGCACCCUGGAAGACAUAGACACCGAUGAUGAGUGUGACGUCGACGAGGAUAUUAAGAUCCGCACGGAUGAGGAGUAUUACAAGAAGUACAGGUUCAAUCUCAACCGUGACAAAAACUUGCCGAUCUACGCCAAGCGCGAGGAGAUCAUAACGGCCAUCAAUGCUAAUCCCGUCGUCAUUCUGAAGGGCGAAACAGGUUGCGGCAAGACCACACAGGUCCCUCAAUACAUUCUUGAUGAGGGCUUCAAGACCGGUCAGUACUGCAACAUUGUGGUGACGCAGCCGCGUCGGAUUGCUGCCAUAUCUAUUGCGAACAGGGUUUGCGAGGAACGCCAAUGGGAACCGAGCACCGUGUGCAGCUACCAGGUCGGCCUGCACCGUGAGGUAGGAGAGGACACUCGGCUGCUCUACUGCACCACCGGAAUCCUGCUGAACAUAUUGAUAAACAAUAAGACAUUGACCCACUAUACCCAUAUCGUGCUCGAUGAGGUGCACGAACGUGAUCAGGAUAUGGAUUUCCUGCUCAUUGUGGUGCGCCGCCUUCUGGCAACCAACUCGCGCCAUGUAAAGGUCAUCCUGAUGUCGGCUACGAUCGAUCCUAGCGGCUUUGCCGAGUACUUUGCCACUAAGAACUCAAUUCCACCAGUGAUCAGCACCAGUCAUGGUCGUAAAUACUCGAUCGAGAAGUUCUACCGCGAUCAGCUGCGCGGUAUCAGGUGGAAAGACGAUAGGGAAGGAGAGUUCGAACCGCGAAUCCAUGAAGACGGCUACAAGGCGGCGGUGAAGAUUAUUCUGGUUAUUGACAAUAUGGAACGGCAAGCGGAAAAGCAUUCAGGCAUAAGCUACACCGAAGCCAUGCGUAAUGGAGCCGUGCUCAUUUUUUUGCCCGGUAUCCAUGAGAUCGAUUGCAUGGCGGACUGUAUUUCCAAUAUGCUCAAGGAAGAUGACUCCAUGAUGAUUAGUGUUGUACGCUGCUAUUCCCUGAUGACCGCAGACGCUCAGCGGUAUGUGUUUGAGCCACCGCCGUCCGGCUACCGUAAGGUCAUUCUCGCCACCAACAUUGCUGAGAGCUCCAUAACGGUCCCGGAUGUGUCGUACGUCAUCGAUUUUUGUCUUACCAAGGUGCUGGUCACCGAUACGGCCACCAACUUCAGCUGUCUCCGUCUAACCUGGGCCUCCAGGGCCAAUUGUCGCCAGCGCGCCGGUCGCGUGGGUCGUCUUCGAAGUGGUCGAGUCUACCGCAUGGUUACCAAGGCAUUUUACCAGCAUGAAAUGCUGGAGUUUGGUAUCCCGGAGAUGCUGCGCCAACCCCUUCAGAACUCUGUGCUGAAGGCCAAGCAGCUGGAAAUGGGUUCCCCUGUUGAGAUGUUGGCUCUGGCUUUGUCUCCACCAAAUCUCUCCGACAUACAAAACACAAUACUGCUGCUCAAGGAAGUGGGCGCUUUGUUUCCCACCGUCGAUGGUGUUUAUAACGAGAUGGACGGCGACAUCACCUUCUGGGGCACUAUCAUGUCGCGUCUACCAGUGGACACUCGUCUGAGCCGGCUUAUCAUGUUGGGUUUUGUGUUUAAUUUAUUCGACGAAGCGAUUAUCAUAGCUGCUGGCCUCUCGGUGCGAGGCUUGUAUAUUGACCCAGGACGUAAUCGUCAGCUCGAGUCUUUUUGGAUGCAUUACAUAUUCGCCGAUGAUUCUGGCUCGGACUUGAUAGCUAUCUGGCGCAUCUAUAUGACAUAUUUAAAUAUGUGCGAAAAUAGCCUCCAGCAGGAUUCUGCCGAUCAGUGGGCGAAGCGAUUUCAUGUCUCCUUGCGAUCUUUAAAGGAGAUGCACCUUCUGGUCCAGGAACUGCGACACCGGUGUAAUAAAUUUGGUCUUCGACCAAUUCCAACUGACGCCAGCCAUAAUAUGAACGAUAUGGAAAAGAAGAUCAUUUUCCAAAUUAUCAUUGCCGGCGCCUUCUAUCCGAACUAUUUUAUGCGCUCCAAAAAUGGAAAUCCAGAACUGGGUCGUGAAAUUUAUCAAGUUAUUUCAGGCCUCGAUCCGUGCCGUACUGUUUAUUUCACCAACUUUAAGCCCGGCUACAUGGGCGAGCUGUAUACUAGGCGAAUUAAGGAACUCUUUCAAGAGGCAAACAUUCCGCCCGAGAAUAUGGAUGUGACCUUCCAGCCCGGCUCUCAGAAGGUGUUCGUCACGUUCAAGCACGACGACUGCUGUGAUAAUAGUUCCAAGCUGGUUCGUGUGCCUGGCCGUGUCAAAACCGAAGUCUACAAAGCGCUUAGGAUGAGGCUUAACCAGCUAAACCGACCGUUGCGCAUAAUGGAACAAACUAUUGCCAUGAACUAUGUUCAGCAGCGCCAGAUUGGACAGGUGAUCGAGGGUCGUUGGGUUCCGCCUUCAAAGGCUGUGAACGUGGAGCUUCUUGCCCUUCCUUCCGUGUACGACAAGAAAAUUACUGGUCAGAUUACCCACAUUUACAGCUGCGGCAAGUUCUACUUCCAACCGCUGACCUUCGGUGAGUGCAUUCGCAACAUGACCGAGGUUUUUAACAACCCGCAACAGCUGCGUCUAAAGGUGACCAAUGCGGGUGCCAUCACCAAGGGCCUAAUAGUACUAGCAAAACGCUGUUCCAACUUCCAACGUGCCAUGGUGAUCCGACCAGAGAACCAAACAAAUCGCCAGCCAAAGUUUUAUGUUCGCUUCAUCGACUAUGGCGACAUUGCGUUGCUUCCCAUGGAGAAGCUUCGACUGAUGCCGGAUGAGCUGCUGCGUCAGUAUGGGGACCUGCCACCCCGCAUGUUUGAGUGCCGACUGGCGCUGGUGCAGCCAUCAUCGGUGAUCAGCAGCAGCAAUCAGUGGUCCCAAAAAGCCAACGAAAUGCUCGGGUCGCUCGGCAGAUGCGGACGGGUCGAGGUGGAGGUAUACUCCCUGCUUGAUGAUGUGGCCGCCGUUCUUAUUCACAUGCGUGACGGUAUUCUCAAUGAGAAGAUGGUUGAGCUGAAGCUGGCUCGUCGCGCUGACGAAGAUUACAUGUCCCGAAUGGAUCAUGACUUCCGAUCACGCAAACAGCAUACCUCCAAGCAUUUGUCUUCGGCGGAGCGUCAGCAGAUAAAUGAAGAGUACUUGCGCUCCUGUCAGUUGCCAAAAGAUCUUGAUCUGCCACCGCCACCGCUGGACAGAUGCCACUCGGUGGUUCUGCUAAAGGGACCCUUUAGCCCCCUGGAGACCACAAUGCAAUCUACCAUUCGUGUGGGCGUGUGGAAAACCGUGAAAAUCGAUUAUAGUUCGGUUAACGCCGUGCUUCUAGAUGCCAAUCCCCAGGAUCAGCACGAUCAGAUGAUAGUUUCCCACGCCACGGUGGAGAGUAACGAUGGGCAAACUCUGACUGCCCGUGGCACCACCUUGAUGCCGAAUGUGCACGGAUUUGGAGCACUGAUGGCCAUGCUCUUCUGUCCAACUAUGCAGAUCAAGUGUAAUCGCUAUGGUACCAAAUAUGUGUCCAUAUUGGCCGGGCUGGGCUACAAUCCGGAGACCUUGAAACCGUACUUUGAGGAGCACGACAUGGUGAUCAAUUUGGAUGUGAAAAUACUCGAGGACGAUGUGCGACUGAUAAACCAAAUUCGCUACAAUAUUGAUAGCGUCUUCUUUAACUUUGAGGGCGAAGAAUUUCCCACUAUGGGCGUACACGAACGCAUCAAUAUAUGCAACCAGCUGCGCAAGCUAGUCUUCCGUCUCAUCAACAAAGAUCGCAGCUACAUUGAGGUUCACUCGAGCAACGCUGACUACUUAUGGGAGAAGUUGGAGGACGUGGAGCCACAGGCGGAGCCGUUUGGCAAACGUUCCAUAUUCCCCAUGCACGCCAUUCCGGAGUUGCAGGAGGAGCGCACAGACAGUGUGAUGAUGCUGCUGUCAAACUGCGAAGAGUUGCACAGCUGGCGCACCUUCGAUGGCGUCUUGAAUUCGAUGACCUGCAAGCUGUGCAAUCAGCUAUUAGAAUCAGUUCCGCAGCUGCGGAUGCACUUGCUCACCCAGCUACAUCGCGACCGUGAGAAACAAAUUGGUUAUCGUGACGAGGACCGUUAACUGCACAGAAAUCUACCAAUCUAUGGAUGAAGCUAGUUUUUAUUUAUUUGAACUUUACUACUGACUAUAUCCUUACUUUUUCCCUAGUAUCUCUUCUAACAAUAACUACGAAAGUUAAAUUGAUAUUUAAGUUAAAAGAAACACUUAAAGACUUUA